UCGGAGCCUCUCCGCCAUUGUGGUAGCAAGAUAGAGUAAGGGAUAUUUUAAUCUGACAUUUGAAACAGUUAUAGGGAGUGAGUGUGAUCGAGGAAAAUAAGACAGCCUUCCCGCGUGUGAUAUUAACAGCAAACAAAAAGUUGGUAUCCUUAAAACUCAAGACGAUACGAAUCCUCUGGAAUAGAAGAAAACAGCGACUAAAAAUACAGACACACUGAAUAACCCGAGACGAGAGAGAAAAUACCAGUACCACCACAGAAGUAAGAGCGACCGUGGACAUUAACAAAUAGCAAUCAGCUCUGGUUCCUGGAGGAUGUCUGCGACCAGUGUCGAUCAGAGACCCAAGGGACAAGGAAAUAAAGUACAAAACGGUUCAAUGCAUCAGAAAGAUGCUGUAAACGAUGACGACUUUGAGCCGUAUCUAAGCAGCCAGACAAAUCAGAGUAACAGCUAUCCACCAAUGUCUGAUCCCUACAUGCCUAGUUAUUAUGCUCCAUCCAUCGGGUUCCCUUACUCCCUGGGAGAAGCUGCCUGGUCCACCGCGGGGGACCCCCCCAUGCCCUACUUGACCACCUAUGGACAGAUGAGCAAUGGCGAGCCCCACUUCAUCCCAGAUGGUGUGUUCAGUCAGCCCGGAGCCCUGGGCAACACACCUCCCUUCCUCGGCCAGCACGGCUUCAAUUUCUUCCCCGGUAACGCAGACUUUUCCACGUGGGGGACCAGCGGGUCUCAGGGACAGUCCACACAGAGCUCGGCCUAUAGCAGCAGUUACGGUUACGCCCCCAGCUCUCUGGGCCGGGCCAUAGCAGAUGGACAGGCAGGCUUUGGGAGUGACACUCCCCUCAGUAAAGUGCCAGGGCUCAGCAGUAUCGAGCAGGGCAUGGCCGGACUCAAGCUCGGCUCUGACAUGGCGGCCGUCACCAAAACGGUGGGCUCCCCACUGGGAGGGGCGGCAGGAAUGAGUAGCAUGGCAGUGAACAGUGUCCCGCCCGUCAGCUCCUCCGCUCCCAAGCCUACCUCGUGGGCAGCCAUUGCCAGGAAGCCCGCCAAACCCCAGCCCAAACUGAAGCCCAAAGCCAACAUGGGCAUGGGGGGCGGGGCCACCAUCCCCCCUCCUCCCAUUAAGCACAAUAUGAACAUUGGCACCUGGGACGACAAGGGCUCCAUCACCAAGCCACCCUUAGCACAGCAGAUGCUGCCGCCUCAGCCCCUGGUGCAGCAGCAGCUCCUGGCGCAGCCGCAGCCUCUGAUGCAGAGCCAGCUGCCUCCUCAGCCUCAGCAUCAACAUCAGCUGCAGCUGCAGUCGGCUCAGCCUCCCCAGCCACUCCCCCCGGGCCCCCCUCACCCCCACCAGCAGCACCCUCCCCAGCCCGGCCCACCCCAACCCCUCCAGCAGCCCCUGCAACCCCCGCAGCAGCCUACGCCCCCGCAGAACCGCUGGGUGGCUCCUCGCAACCGGGGCACCAGCUUUAACCAGAACAGCGGGGCGGAGAACUUUGGCAUGGGAACGGGGGUCCCCAUAAGCGCCCCGCUCUCCUCCGGCGAGGUGCACCCAGUGCUAGAGAAGCUCAAGGCCCUCAACAACUACAACCCCAAAGACUUUGACUGGAACUUGAAAAACGGGCGGGUGUUCAUCAUCAAGAGCUACUCCGAGGAUGACAUCCACCGCUCCAUCAAGUACUCCAUCUGGUGCAGCACCGAGCACGGAAAUAAGCGGCUGGACGCCGCGUACCGCUCGCUCAAUACCAAGGGCCCCCUCUACCUGCUCUUCAGCGUCAAUGGUAGCGGACACUUUUGCGGCGUGGCGGAGAUGAAGUCGGUGGUGGACUACAACGCCUAUGCUGGAGUGUGGUCUCAGGACAAGUGGAAGGGGAAGUUUGAGGUGAAGUGGAUCUUUGUCAAGGACGUUCCCAACAACCAGCUGCGGCACAUCCGUCUAGAAAACAAUGACAACAAACCUGUCACCAACUCCAGGGACACUCAGGAAGUGCCCCUAGAAAAGGCAAAGCAAGUGCUUAAAAUUAUUGCUACUUUCAAGCAUACCACCUCAAUCUUUGAUGACUUUGCACAUUACGAAAAGCGUCAGGAGGAGGAGGAAGCCAUGCGUAGGGAGCGGAAUAGAACCAAACAGUAAUAAAAUGGAGAUUUUCCUGCUAGAACUGCAACACUAAUGAUGUAGACCCUUAAAUAAUCGCCUAACUAUGAGGAAGAAAGGGUUCCACAACGUUUCCCGCUGAAGACUACGUCUCUGAACUCUUAACACAUCAGUGGACUGUUCUGUAUUGGUUUUUGGUGCAUCUGCCCUUAUACUCCUGUCUCACAAGUAAAGAAAGAAAAAGAACUCACUUAAACUGUAUCUUAAAGCACUUUCAGUCCUUCUAAAAGCUUUUACCAAUACCCUUAACUUUCUGUGGAGUUUUGUUUAUUAACUAACUAACCAGUGGUAGUUGGUUCUAAAGAUUUCACAAGACUCGUUUGUAGUUUUUUUUUUUCUUAAUUCCUCCAAAUUUUGGAAAUAUUGGCGCUUUAUGAAUUUGAGCGCUUUCAGAAGAGAUUAAAAUAUGUAUAACAAAUGUUUUACUUGAAUCUGCAAUUAGCUGCCCUAUUCUCAGAUGGAUAUCAUAGUUUGGUAGCUGACGGAGUGUCUUGUUUGAUGAAACCCAAGCAGGAAUGAUCAUGCGAUUUGUUUGUAGACUGGCCUUUCCCUCGUUUCAACAUGUUUUGUGUACCAGAAGAUAUUAUGCAGCGUGGCAAAUGACACAGGUUAAUGCACAUGUUUGUUUUUCCUGUAAUAAUGUCAUACAAAAGUGCAUUUGUCUAAGGAGAAAUUUGUUCAAUGCUACCAGUUAUCCAACCAUCUUGAACUUUGAAGUUAACGUACCUCAGCCUAAACCAGACUUCUCAUUAUGACCUCUGUAACUGCUUUCACUAUGGGACUUCCUGGCUGCGGGGCUUGGCCCAAAGGCAGAUAACUGUUAAGGAAGUGACAAUUUUCUCCUCUAGGUGAUUCACUAGCUAAAUAAACAUACUUGUUUAGCGAUCACACGUUUUGAGUGUUUAAUUUUCGAGGAGUUCCGUCGCAUCGUUUCCUCCUGCGUUUGUCCGUUUGAGUGUGAACAUGAAACACAUUGUUGCGGUAUUGCAUGAAUAUUUCUGUCUUCAAGUCUGAGACAGUUAUUUUGAGAAUGUAAUGUAUGGGCUUGUGAAAGUGACCAGGCGGCUGUCCAGAUUUAUUAAAAACAAUCCAGUCGACUGUAUUGCUUUGGCCAAAAGCAUAUACCGGAGUCGGAGAUUUGUCUCGGCUCUUUCUGCCAUGGCAAACUCCUGUGUCUGCAUUGGCAAACUUGGCUCUCUAUCAGGACAGAUCCACUGAAUGUCUGACUCUUUACAACAUCUGUAAGUAAUAUACCAUCGUUAAGGCCUGUGGUAUUUCCUGUUUGUUCACUAUAAACUGCCUUUUUCAUAAAUCUUGUAGGUUUCUUCUGCUUUAGUUCUGUUGUGAGGGAGGACGUGUAAGAAUUGAGCUCCGUUAAAUGUUGAAAUCGCUGCACCAUACUUCAUUGACAAUGAUUAAAUUGACACUGAACAACCUAGAGUGAAUUAACAAGAGGGAAACUAUCCUGCAAAAGCCACUAUUAUUUUUUUUCUUUUUGUGGUUAUACUUGUGCCCAUGUCUCUGAGUUACUGUAAACCAAUGCUUAAUGAUGAUGCUAAUG